UCUAAUUUAUUCUGUCACAGGCAUGGAGAAAAAGGAGGAGGAAAUAGAGCAGCUGAAAAUGGAUUGUGAGCACUUCAGAGCCCGCCUGGAAGCAGCCCAGGCAGAUUGCAUGAGGGAAAAGAAGGAGAAACUAGACCUCCGGCAGCACCUGCGUGAGGCCAAGCAGCAGCUCCUGCAGCAAGCAGAGUAUUGCACAGAAAUGGGUGCAGCUGUCUGCACCUUGCUGUGGGGUGUAUCUAACAAUGAGGAGGCUGUUAAAACCAUUCUAGGAGGAAGCAAGGCAGCAAAGUUUUUUACUAUCACUGCGCAGACUAUGGAGAGCUUUGUGAAGUCAUUAAGUGAAGAUAUGAAACAGCAGGAUUUGGAUUCUGAUGAAAAUCAGUUUGUGUUAGCGUUGGCAGGGAUCGUAACAAGUAAGUUAAUGUUAUCUCUCAAAAUAGCAUUUCACGUGCACUGGGAAUUUCUUUAUUGCUCUCUAUGUACCACAACAAUUGCAGCUUUCUGAAGUCAAAUAUUUAGUCAGUGUUGGUAUCUUGGCUGACUUCUAGUCUUCUAAAGCUCUAGCAGAUUUUUUUAAUUUGGCAACUCUGUGAGGAAUUGAACUUUCUGUACCGUAGUUAAGGAUGCGAUGUGUAAAAUUUGUUCAGUUCUGAAAUUUCUUAGCACUUCUGGUCUAUCUGAAGUAAAGCAAGUACUCUUUUACUAGUCAUCUGCACUCACCUUGCUUUGUAAAUGUCAAGCAGUGUACUGUCUGAAUCACAGAUAAUGCUCACAUCUUUGAGAUGUUCUAGCUGCAGAUGACGCAACCAUCUCAAGGUAUGUGUUCAGCAUUUUGAAUUUGUGUAAGAAUCUUGUUGUCAGGUGGACUCCAUCUUCGCUGCCUUCUAGAUCCCCGAUUCAAUGAUCCUAAGAGAAGUAGAAGUUAAUAAAUGUUACUUCCACCCUAAAUAUUUUUUUGGAGGUAGAAAAUAGAUAGGAAUCACAGAACAGAAAGAAGACAGAGAUUGUAUCUGUAUGGCUGCCCUUGGCUUGGAAGGCUAUUAGAGAUAGGGAUGAUACAUAACUGCAGUGCAGCUGUCAAAAUGAUAUUAGUUAACGAUGUGAUGCAAGGUAGGUGAAACAAUGGCUGUACAAGUGAAUCUUGCAUUAGUGGCUCUUCUGAAUGUGUGAUUUUAGGUGCUGGUGUGCCAUUAAAGAAAUAAGAAAUGGUAUGUGGCACAUUGUGCCACUGUACCAACUAAAGGUGGGAUCCAGUUCUCUCCAAUAG